CUCUUCUCAUCCCGUCAAUUCAUUCCCUUCCCUUUCCAAAAUACUCUCUUCCAAAAACAGAUAUUUACACGAUUUCCCCCCAACUCAUGUAAGUAGUUAACAUGAGAAGAUCCUCUUUGUCAUAUCUGCAUGCAUUUAUCCUCGCUCACCCUUUUUUCUUCAAGCCUGUGAAUGAUCUCCACUGGAAGGAAGACAAAAUAAUUAAGUGGUAUUACCUCUUUUCUGGUUUAUUAGGCACACUCGUUUUCCUAGAUUGAUGAUUUAACCAAAAUAAUACGAGUUAUAUAUUGCAAAAAUUAUACCAUGAGAAAAAUUAAAUUGUUCUAUUUUCUUAUGAUAACUUUUGUGGUUCAAAAUUCAUACUACAUUGGCUAAAAUGAACAACCUAGAGAUACGCGUUGGACCUAUAAACCGGGAAGAAGGGAGUACUAACAGAUGAAGUAUUAACAUGAGUGUGAAAUGAUUCACCGGCUAGGUGCCACCCAUCGUGGGUUACUACAGCGACCGGUGCACGGCGAUGAUGGGCCGGAGAAGACCCUGACUAGCUGUUUGACUAGCAGCGGGAAACUAUAUGCCCAGCGUCGGGCAGGCCAUCUUCUGCAGGUGGAUGGCCAUAGGAAACGUCCUGGGCUAUAUGGCCGGUGCCGACAGUGACUGGCACGUGUGGCUCCCUUGGCUCAAAACUACGGCGUGCUGCGAAGCCUGCGCAAAUCUCAAGGGCGCCUUCCUCACAGCUGUGAUCGUCAUUAUCAUCAGUACGUCCAUCACCAUGUAUAUUGCUGAAGAGAAGCAGCUCCACAAUGCCGACCUGGAGGCCUCCUCUGGCCGUCGUGGAUGCAUAUGCGGCUUUGGCGACUUCUACAAGAGCUUGAAGAACCUUCCCCCAUCUAUGUUCAAAGUGCUCGCCGUCACGGCUGUAACCUGGCUGGCGUGGUUCCCCUUCAUCCAGUAUGGCACUGACUGGAUGGGCAAGGAGAUCUACCACGGCGAGCCGCAGGGGCCCAAGGUGGCCGUCUACUACGCCGGCGUCCGCGAGGGCGCCGUCGGUCUGCUGCUCUCUUCUAUGUGCCUCUUGGCCGCCUCCUUCAACACCCCCCACCUUUGCGGUAGGCUCACGUCCAGGGUCGUGUGGUCCUUAAGCAACUUCAUCCUAUUUGGCAUCAUGACGGCCAUGGUGAUCCUUGGCUUGGUCUCCACCAAGGGGUACAACGCGUCUUUCACAGCUGGCCUCUCCGGCCCUGACCCCAAGCUCAGGGUCAUCGCGCUCUCCCUCUUCGCGCUCAUCGGAAUCCCACAGGCCGUGUUGUUCAGUGUACCGUGGGCUGUUGCUUCUAAGGUUGCCGACGACCGUGGCCAAGGCCUCGCCAUUGGUGUCCUCAACAUUGCCAUCAUCGUGCCGCAGCUGAUUAUCGUGCUCACCGCUGGCCCGAUCGACAAAGCCUUUGGAAAGGGCAACACACCGGCAUUCGGCGUUGGUUGCGCCUUCGCCUUCAUCUGUGCAGUCCUUGCGCUCAUCCUGCUUCCCAAGACAAGAGGCACGAGAGGGACGUCCAAUGCCACCGCCAUGGCCUCCAGGGAGCGCUGAUAUGGUACAUCCCCAGGCACGAGAGGGACCUUGGAUGCAAACUUGUUCUCAAGCUAAGUGGGUUAUCUGCGAGCAAUUAGAAGACUAGUCACAUUAUUUUAUUUCAUGAUUUACGAGCAACACGACCUGUGCACCAGUGUUUUUUCUGUAAAUAUACUGCUUAAUUUUUUGGUACGUUAUCACCCCCCAUGCAAUCGCAACGGGAUCAUACGUCCUCAACCACGAGAAACUCUUUCAGAACAAAGAACCCUAGCAUCCGGAUGGAUUCCGGAGGGUGGUUGAUAGAGGGACUCUGUCACCACAUCACCGCAUCAGUAUGAGGCAUCAUCAUU